AUGUCAUCAUCCAUGGAGGUAGAGAGAUCAGCUCAUGAUUUCUACGAAGCAAUAACACCACUAUGGAACCAGAUGCUUGCCUUUAUUGACACUAUUUGUCUCCGGUGUGCCGUCGAGCUCGGUGUGCCCGACGUCAUGCACAACCACGGCGGUCCCAUGACACUCUCCGAGCUCAUCCAAGCACUAUCCAUUUCCACAUCUCGAGCUCAAUUUCUUCGGCGCAUCAUGCGCGUUCUUGUAAACUCUGGUUUCUUUUCCAUUAAAGUAAAUGAAUUAGAUACUAGCAAUGAAGAGAAUGUGCUGUAUGACUUGACUGCAACCUCUAGAUUGCUUAUCACUGGAAGCACAAACUGUUUAGCACCUCUUGUUCUUUUAAGAACAGGCUUGCAAUCAGUGAUGGCUGGGCAAGCGAUGACUUCAUGGAUCAAAGAUAGUGAUGAGAACAUUGAGACACCAUUUCAUGUUGCUCAUGGUGGGAAGGGUUUGUUUAAGUUUGCAAGUGAGAGGCCUCAGUUCAAUGCUUUGUUCAAUGAGGCCAUGGCUUGUGAUAGCAGAGUCUUUAUGGGGCAAGUGGUGAAGGAGUGGGGUGAUGUGCUCUUUGGUGGACUCCGGUCACUGGUGGAUGUGGGUGGAGGCACUGGUGGUGCUUCGGUGGUCAUAGCCAGAGCGUUCCCGGAGAUGAAGUGCUCAGUUCUUGAUCUGGCUCAUGUGGUGGAUGUGCAGCCGGAGAAUGAAUUGGUUGAGUUUGUCAAAGGAGAUAUGUUUGUGCAUGUUCCUCCAGCUGAUGCUGUCCUACUCAAGUGGGUAUUACACGAUUGGAGUGAUGAAGAUUGUGUCAAGAUUUUAAAAAAUUGCAAAAUGUCAGUCUCUCGCGAAGUGAACAAGGGAAAAGUGAUUAUCAUUGACACAAUGCUACAAUCUAACUUAAAUAAUUUCAAUACCACGCGGACUCAACAUCUCUGGGAUGUGUAUAUAAUGACAAUGACCUUCGGGAAAGAGAGAAAUAAAAAGGAAUGGAAAGCAAUAUUUGAUAAAGCGGGGUUUUCAGAAUUCAAGAUAAUAUGUGAGUUAGGCGUUCACUCUGUCAUUGAAGUCUAUCCUUAAUUAUCUUUUAUGAA